AGCCAGCCAGUUCGGCCGGGCCCUUGUGCCGCCAAGCCCCCCGCGCGCGUGGGACCGUCCUUCCGCCGCAGGCGGCGGGGCGAAGGUCCGCAUUCCCUCACCGGAAUGGCCUUUGAUGAUGCUGUGAAGCAGAAGGUCAAGGAUGCGUUCAAGUCGUGGGACUCGAACGGCGACGGCAUCAUCUCGAAGAACGAGAUGAAGGCGGUGCUGCUCAAGCUGCUGAACAAGCACACCUCGACCGUCACCGAGGCGCCGGUGAGCGCGGCCAUGGGCGGCGGCAGUCACCCCGUGCCGCGCGCGCCCCCGGCUCCCCACGUCCCUCGCCCUAUUGCACACCUCCUCUCUCUCUCUCUGUUUUUCCCCCUCCCAUUCAUUCUGUCGAAUUGGGCUUGCUGGGCACAGCAGGGCAGGUUUACGGAGCGUUCUGCUUCGAUGCUUUACGCCUCACGUGUGCGCUCUGCGGUUGACGGUCUAAAGAGCUCCCCACGGGACCAAGGGAUAAUGUUAGUGCGGGCCCUGAACGAAGCUCUGUUGCAUGGCGUUGCGGUCAGACAUGCCGCCCGACACGUGGCUGCUCAGCUUCUGCGGAAUGUAGUGCCUCAAGUGUUUCCCCUUGGUCAUUUUAGAAUUGGCGCGUCGUUCCCA